AUGAAGACUUCGGCCACUAGUUUCAUCCUUGGGAGCCUGGUGUUGGCCUUCUGUCUACCUUUGGUGGUGACUUUACCUAAAACACUGGCCAUCCCUGAGAAACUGCAAGAAGCUGUGGGGAAAGUUGUCGUCAAUGCCACAACCUGUACUGUCACCUGUGGCCUUGGCUUUAAGGAAGAGACUGUCUGUGAGGUGGGCCCUGAUGGAGUGAGAAGGAAGUGUAAAUCUCAGCGCCUGGAAUGUCUGACCAGCUGGCUCUGCGGAAUGCUCCAUUUCACCGUUCUCAUAGGGAAGGAGUUUAAGCUGAGCUGUCUGAGUCCAGACAUCCUGGAGAUCGGGCAGGAAGCUUUCCGAUUCACCUGGAGACUUGCUCGGGGAAUCAUCUCAACUGAUGAUGAAGUCUUCAAACCCUUCCGAGCCAGUUCCUACUUUAUAAAAUUUCAGUCCAUUCAAGAGUAUGACUCUGGGACCUAUCGGUGUGAUGUGCAGCUGUUAAAAAACUUGAGACUUGUCAAGAGGCUCUAUUUUGGGCUGAGGGUCCUUCCUCCUCAUUUGGUGAACCUGAAUUUCCAUCAGUCCCUUACUGAGGAUCAGAAGUUGGUAGACAAGGGCCUGGAAGUGAGUCUGGACAACUAUUCCAGGCUGCAGCACCCACCGUGGAGGAAGAAGGUGACCGUAGCUGUGGGAGUGGGAGUCGCCAGUGGCAUGACUGCUGGUGUGUUGGUGAGCACCGCCCUCUGUGGCGGGCUUCGGGUGGCCCACAGCAGUUCCAGCCUUGAGACCUUACAACCGUUGCUGCCAAAGGGCGGGAGGCUCAGGACGCCAGACUAG